GCUAACGAUUUUUCCCUCACAGAAUUCCAAUAAUUAUAUACACAGCGUUAACAUGUUCGUAACAGUAUGUCUAUCGUCCGAAGACAAAACUUGGUCUUUUGACAUCGGGCCCGAUAUUACUUUACAAGGAUUUAAAACUGUUUGCUCUUCUGAAACUGGAAUACCAGACAAUCAAAUGGAAUUGUUUUGCAACAACACUCGUUUAACCGAACCGAAUCGCUCUUUAAAAGACUAUGGCAUUGGAGAAAACGACAUAAUACUACUGACUAAGACAAUAGCUGCUGCUUCAACAAGAAACCCUACUGCUGUUAUGCCAAAUAUACCAAAGAUUGAUUUCAGCAAACUUUUGUUGACUCUGGUGCUCAAAUGACAAUCAUGAGUUCGGACUGUGCAAAAAGAUGCAACAUAAUGCGAUUAGUUGAUACCAGAUGGGAGGGGGUGGCUAAGGGGGUUGGAACGCAGAAAAUCCUCGGCAGGAUUCAUCUGGCACAGAUACAAAUCGAAGAUGUUUAUCUGCAAUGUUCGUUCUCUGUUUUAGAAGACCAACCUAUGGAUGUUUUGCUUGGUUUGGACAUGCUGAGAAGGCACCUUUGUGUAAUUGACCUGCGAGAAAAUAGUCUUAUUAUCGGAACAUCGCAAACAAGGACAAAGUUUCUCGCAGAGAGAGAUCUCCCAGUUCAUGGCAGACUUCACAAUCCAAAUGCAACACCAGAAACACAGAAAGAAGAGGAAGCUAUUAACAAAGCAUUGCUGGAGUCUGUUAACGAUGCAAAGCAGAAUCAAGAAUCUGAAAAGAAAGCCCAAGCAGAGGGAGUUAGCAACACGAAGAUUGCUAAAAUGGACGUAGCUGAACAGCCCACCACUUCCAGCAAACCUACAAAACCUGCAGAAUUUUACGCCAACAUACGAAAGUUGGUGGAUAUGGGAUUUAAUGAGUUAGAGGCAGAAGCAGAACUGAAUGCAAGUGGUGGAGAUUUACAGAAAGCUGUUGCAACUAUGUUGUCAAGGAACACACAGAAUUAAAUACAGCAAUAGGCAGAUGCUUAGCAGGGGUGCAUUUCGGUAACAAUUUUUAAUGUUUACUAUUUUAACACCUAUUCCAUUUCGUGGUGCAAUGUAAAAUGAAGCAGGGUCAUAUUUUUUACAAGAAAAGGUAUUGGAACUGUCAUUUACCUUAUUUGUUGACCGUUUGGAACACAUAUGUUCUGCUUUCGUGAAUACAGUUAUGUGCACAGCAAGAAUAGUUUGCAUUGAAUUAAUAAAA